AUGCCCAUGAUCUAUCGCCGAUUCACCGAAAAGGCCGCCGAGGAGUGGCGACAAAUCUACAAGGCACUACAAUUGCUCGAGUUUCUCAUAAAGCACGGCUCUGAACGGGUUAUUGAUGAUGCUCGGGGACAUAUUACUCUCCUGAAGAUGCUGCGACAAUUUCACUACAUUGAUCAGAACGGCAAAGACCAAGGUCUCAAUGUGCGGAAUCGAGCCAAAGAAUUAGCCGAGCUUCUGGGCGACGUUGAGCGUAUCCGAGCGGAGCGCAAGAAAGCACGAGCAACCAAGAACAAAUACACCGGUGUUGAAGGCGGCAUGACCUUCGGAGGCGGCUUUUCUGGUGGAAGUGGCAGUAGAUAUGGCGGAUUCGGCAGUGAAUCGGCAAACUACGGCGGCUACUCCGGUGGUGUCUACGGAGAUGGCGGCGGCUUCGGUGGCCAGCAUGAUGGUUACCGCGAGUCGGGCGGUGGUGGUAGCAGUGGUGCCGGCCGGUCCGAUAGGUUUGAGGAAUAUGACGAGUUCAACGAAGAUGAGCGACCAUCGAGAGCUACGCGCAAGACCGACCACACAUCCACCAAGAAACCGGCUGCCGAACCAGCAAAGAAGAAGGAACCUGAGGUUGACUUGUUUUCAUUUGAUGACCCAGUUCAGAGUUCAAGCUCCGCUACCCCUGCUGCGACCCAAAGCUCGGGGCUGGCCGACUUGGCUGGGCCGUCUAGUGGGAUCGGUGCGGACGAUGAUGACGAUUUUGACGAUUUCCAGUCUGCAACACCGGCAACCCAGCCGAUUGUUCAACCUUUAGCAACUCCUCUCACUUCAACAGCCACCUCAACGGCCCAGUUCGCCGCCCCCCAACCAGUGUCCGCUCCCAAGACUGCCAAUCUUAGCCAGAUGGUCAACACUUCGUCUAUCUCGCCCGCGCCCAACUCCAGCACUACACCUGGCGCCAACUACUCUGCCUUUGCUGUCCCAAUGAACCAAAACCAGCCUCCCAAGCCAACUGGCUUCCAACCUGCCGGUCCGAACUACUUCAGUGGUGUUCCAUCUCAAGCAUCUAACCCAGCUCCGCCCAACAUGUCGGCUAUGAGCAACAUGGCUUCAACCGGACCAACAACAAUGGCGAACAUGAAGCCUGUCACCAGUCCUGGGGCUAAGCCAGCCGCAGCCAGCGGCGGUGAUGCAUUCGGCGCUCUCUGGGGCAAGGCUAGCUCCGGCAUCAAGAAGACCGAGAAGUCAACCACCGGGCCUGCAAUGGGUCAGCUUGCCAAGGAGAAAAGCAGUGCUGGUAUCUGGGGAGCGCCAGCCGUGUCCUCUCAGCCCGGUUCCACAGCUGGAAACAGCGGGUCAGCAUCUGGUGAUCUGCUUGGCUAG